UUACUUUUUUAUAUUUUGAACCUUUUAGUGAAAAUUUUGACUUUGCCAUUGAUCUUAAUCAUAAAAAAAAAUAUAACAAGAAGACCAUGAAACCUACGGAAGCCACAAAUAUACUUUUCUUCUUGGCAUCCAUGUGGAUUCUGUCGAGUGCUCUAGAAACAAUACCUGCAAAUCAGCCUUUAACAGAUGGAAGCACCAUUAUUUCUUUUAAAAAAAAAAAAAAACACUUUUUUCUCCUUUAGUUUCUAUUUCACUUACUGAACUGUUCAUUUGGAAGAUGCUUAUUAGUAAAAGGAGAAACAUCUUGAUGCCAGCUAUAGAGACCAAGGCAUACCCAAAAUUUACACGCAAUUAUGUCAAAGAGCCAACCACACUUUGACAACAAUUUGGUCAGAAAAACAAUACAUUCAGUAACAUUGACUAUCAAUGUUCUCUAUCAUUAUCAAGGUUCACAUAAGUCACCUAAUAACCCCAGACUAUUCUGUCAGGGACUCCAUCAACAAGCAAAACAAGAAAUUUCAAUUGAACUCUGGAAAUUCCUUUAAUAUAACAACACCAAUACAAGAUUCAAAUCAAAUAAAAAUAUAAAAGAAUAGAAACCAAUGGAUGCCAUAAGUAUGCAUUUAUUCUUGUCUUCCAUAUUUUCUGUUUUGAUUCUGUCGAGUGCUCUAGAUACCAUACCAGCAGAUCAAUCUUUAACAGAUGGAAACACAAUUAUUUCAUCAGGUGGAAAGUUCGAGUUGGGAUUUUUCUCCCCUGGUACAUCCAGGAACCGGUACAUAGGAAUAUGGUUCAACAAAGUUACUGUACAGACAGUGGUAUGGGUUGCUAAUAGAGACAGUCCACUCAAUGGUACAGAUGGUAUGCUAAAUUUAACAAGGCAAGGAAUUCUUACUCUUCAAAAUGGUUCUGGCCGAAUCAUUUGGUCCUCUAAUGCCACUAGACAUGUGCAAAAUCCAAUAGCUCAACUUCUGGAUUCAGGGAAUCUUGUUGUUAGAGAUGCAGCAGAGGAUUAUCUGUGGCAGAGUUUUGACUAUCCCAGUGACACGACUUUACCUGGAAUGAAGCUUGGGGUUGAUCUGAAGACUGGUUUUCAUCGUUUCCUCAGGUCAUGGAAGAGCACGAAUGACCCCUCGAAGGGUGAGUUUAGUUGGGUAAUUGAUCCUCAUGGAUUACCACAGCCUUUUGUCAUGAACGGUUCCAUUGAACGCUACAGGUCUGGACCAUGGAAUGGUCGAGGCUUUGCUAAUGCACCAUCUCAGCUGCCAAGUCCGGGUUAUAGCUAUACAUAUGUAUCCGAUCCUGAAAAAGUAUCCUUCAUGUAUCAGCUCACAGACAGCUCUAUCGUUGCAAGGGUGGUGAUGCAACUAAAUGGGGUUCUACAGCUUUCACUGUGGAAUAAUCAAACUCAGAAUUGGGAUGGCUUUGUUAGCGUACCAGCAGAUAAUUGUGACAUUUAUGGCCAGUGUCACGCAUAUGGUUUGUGCAACAGUGGCAACUCUCCAAUCUGCAGAUGUGUGGAUAAAUUUGAAUCCAAAGAUCCAACAGAAUGGGCAAGGGGAAAUUGGUCAGGCGGCUGUGUUAGAAAGAGAACAUUGAAUUGCCAAAAGGAAGUAAAAUUCUUGAAGCAUUCAGGCGUUAAGUUGCCAGACACUCGUUUUUCCUGGUACAGCAAAGGAUUGACUCUUAAUGCAUGCGAGGAAUUGUGCUUGAGAAACUGUUCUUGUAUGGCGUAUGCAAAUCCAGACAUAACAGGAACAAAUGAAGGCUGUUUGCUUUGGUUUGAUGAUCUGGUCGACAUCAAGGAGGUCGGAGCUAGUGGACAAGAUAUCUAUAUAAAGUUGGACUCUUCCGAGUUAGAGAACUCCAGUACAGGGAAAGUAAAGAAACUGCAGAUCAGCUUGCCUCUGGCAGCAUUUGGUCUGCUCUUAACACUAAGCUUAAUCCUGUACAUAAGGCAAAAGCAACAUUUUAGCAAAGGAAGAGGAAUAAGAAGCUCUGAAAUGUUCUGCACUAACAAAAGCCAAGCUGAAGAACUAGAUUUACCGUUGUUUGAUUUUGAAACUAUAUCUGAUGCUACCAAUAACUUUCCACUGAGCAACAAGCUUGGAGAGGGUGGUUUCGGACCUGUCUACAAGGGUGUGCUGAAAGAUGGACAAGAAAUUGCAGUAAAGAGACUUUCAAGAUACUCAGCGCAAGGAACUGAUGAGUUCAAGAAUGAGGUUAUCUUCAUUUCCAAACUCCAGCAUCGGAAUCUUGUGAAGCUUCUUGGUUGCUGUAUUCAAGCAGAAGAAAAAAUGUUGAUUUAUGAGUACAUGCGGAAUAAUAGCUUGGAUUGGUUCCUUUUUGAUAAAGAUAGGAGGUCAGUGCUUGAUUGGCCUAAGUGCUUCCAUAUUAUUAAUGGAAUUGCUCGAGGACUUCUCUACCUGCAUCAAGACUCAAGAUUGCGGAUAAUCCAUAGAGAUCUGAAACCUAGCAAUGUUUUGCUAGACAUUGAUAUGAACCCAAAGAUAUCUGACUUUGGCAUGGCAAGAUGUUUCGGAGGAAAAGAGACGGGAGCCAUGACAACAAGAGUGGUCGGGACAUAUGGCUACAUGUCUCCGGAGUAUGCAGCAGAAGGAAAAUUUUCGGUGAAAUCAGAUGUAUUUAGCUUUGGAGUUCUAGUACUGGAGAUUAUAAGCGGGAAGAGAAAUAGAGGGUUCUUGCAUCCAGACCAUCACCACAAUCUUCUAGGACAUGUGUGGAUCCUCUUCAAAGAAGGCAGGGUUUUGGAGCUAAAAGAUACCCAACCAAGGCAGUCAUGCAAUCUGUCUGAAGUUCAAAGAUCAGUCCAUGUAGGUCUAUUAUGUGUGCAGCAGCGUCCAGAAGAUAGGCCGAGUAUGGCAUCAGUUGUGAUGAUGUUGGGUAGUGAUGUUGCGCUGCCCUUGCCUAAAGAGCCAGGCUUUUUCAAUGGAAGAAGCAGAUUCACUGAAGCUGACAGUUCAUCUAGCAAGCAUGGUGAAACUUCUGUCAAUGAAUUAAGCAUCACACAGUUGGAUGCCAGAUAGGAGAAAAAAUUUCAGGUCAUUGGUGUUUUCUCAAGAAGCUAUAUUUACUUAAUUUUUCCAGUCACAUAGCUCAACCACUACUGAUUGUUCAACUAAAUAGUUUCACUUCAAGAAUCUGUGACAUGGUAUUCAACAUGACUAAUUGGCACUUAAUUUGCUGCAUAUGACUGCUAGUAAUCCUGAACUCUACCUGAGCUAAAUACAUGGGGAAGUUGAGCUAA